UGGCAAUCACUUAUUAUCAAGAAAAUAAAGAGAAGCAAAUCGCGUCUUCUUUAUUUUCUUGAAUUUGACCCUUUUUUUUUGUAAUUUGGUACUAAUGGGGAACUGCAUGGAGAGAUGUAGGCAAGGAGAAGGAGAAGAAGGGAAGACGGAGGUAAGAGAAAAUGCAAAAGAGUCUUUCGGACUUGAUAGUGAUAAAGAUGGUCAGGGUGGAAUGAAGGCUAAGAUAGUGCUUACAAGACAUGAAUUGGAUAUGUUUUUGCUUCAGAUGAAUAAGAAUGAUGAUGGGAACUUGAUGAUGACCAAAGAUGUUAUGGUAGAGCUAGAGAAGAUAAUCAUAAGAGCAUCAGCAUCGUUUUCAUCAUCACCAUCGUGGGAACCGUCUUUAGAGAGCAUCAUGGAGUGCCCCGAAGUUCAAGAGAUGGAUAGAUGAUAGGAUGCUGCUACAGAUAUGAUCCAUGAUAAUAGGGGUGACUCGUAUAUAUUAUCAUGGGGAUGUAAAGCAUUGUGUUAAUCACGGUGAUCCGUGACAUUUUUGUAUCACUUCAUAUUAAUAUGUAGAUUUUUUUUGUUUGGUC